GUAGCCGUCUCUGUCUCUCUCUUCUCCAUCAAAGCGGAUAACUACAUCCUCCGUUUUUCUCUCUCUCCCUCUCUCUCACAAAACUUUUCCGUCGUGGUAAUGAUUAGGGAUUAGAACUGAAAGGAAAUAGCAGAAGAGACUUGCUUAUAUAAGAGAAAACUCAUGAAUGACAAGGUAGAGAACGUUCUUGUAAGGAUUUGGGGUAGUUACAGAGAUCGUGGGCCUUAGCGCAAUGAAAGAUCGCACAAAACGUGGCCCUUUGGUACCGUGGAAAGGUUUCUUCUGGUUGUCACUCCUUCUUGUCUUCUUCUCCGGCUUCACUUUCUCCACUCGACGCCUGUUGUUAAGAGAAGAGUUUCAACCGAGACUGGUAUCGUCACGGGGAAGUUCGGCGAUGCAAGUCAUCUCCGGCGAGUCCUCAGCUACUCCGGUGAUCUCAGUGCGAGAAACGGUGGUAUUUCCAGACCAGGUGCUGGUGUUCCUGAAAUACCCUCAAUCGAUUCCCUUAUUUACCAAAGAUGACAUCGACUGUAUUUAUUUAUCACCCAACUCAUCCCAACCUGGACUAAAGCUCUCUCCCCUGUCCAUUGACGAUGAAUAUCUCAACAACCAGAUCGUACGGUGUCCAGUUCAGUCACCUGGCUUGACGGUGUCCGUCGCCGUGAAACCCAACGGUAACCUCCCAGCUGGGCCCACUCAUCGUUGGGACUUGUUGGCUUAUGAAGCUAUGAUCGACCGCGACAACACCACGAUUGUUUUCGUGAAAGGCCUAAAUCUACGGCCAGGAAGACUCUCUGACCCAUCGAGAUUGGAGUGUGUGUACGGUUGGGAUUUUAGCAACAUCAAGUUCUUGUUGAGAUCUGACGUCGUGUCAGUUGGCCAGGAGAUCGUACGGUGCAGAACCCCCUUAAGUAUAUUGAAUAGCCCACAAAGGGUCAGUAAUGAUUCUAUCAAGGUAUCAGUGAGAGUGAUUCGUAGAGGCAUAUUGCCUUCUAUAGCACGACCCGAACAUAGAAUGGAUCCUCACCUGCCUGCCCGGAAACAACAUGAGAUGUGCAUUUGUACGAUGUUGCGCAAUCAGGCAAGGUUCUUACGUGAAUGGGUCAUGUACCAUGCCCGAAUUGGGGUCCAACGCUGGUUCAUCUACGACAACAAUAGCGACGAUGGUAUUGCUGAUGUGGUGGAGUCAUUAGUGGCUGGUAAUUUUAAUAUUAGCCGGCACGUAUGGCCUUGGAUCAAGACCCAAGAGGCAGGGUUUGCCCAUUGUGCCUUACGGGCAAGGGACUCGUGUGAGUGGGUCGGGUUUAUUGAUGUUGAUGAGUUUUUUCACCUGCCUGAAGGCUUGUCAUUGCAUAAUGUCCUUAUGAACCAAUCUAGGCCUAGUGAUGUAGCUGAAUUAAGAGCAUCCUGUCAUAAUUUUGGGCCAUCAGGGCUCACACAAGUCCCGGUGAAAGGUGUGAUGGUCGGGUAUACGUGUCGGCUAAGUGCCCCGGAGAGGCACAAGAGCAUAGUGAAGCCUGAGGCAUUGAAUUCCACAUUGAUUAAUUUGGUGCACCAUUUUCACCUCAGGGAUGGUUUUCGGCAUGUCAAUAUGGAUAGAAAUGUGAUGGUGGUGAAUCAUUAUAAGUAUCAAGUAUGGGAAGUGUUCAAGGAGAAAUUUUAUAGGAGGGUUGCUACCUAUGUGUCUGAUUGGCAACAAGAGGUCAACGUAGGGUCGAAGGAUCGAGCUCCUGGUCUGGGGACGAAAGCUGUUGAACCGCCGGACUGGUCGAGCAAGUUUUGUGAGGUGACAGAUACUGGCUUAAAGGAUAGGGUACUGCAUGAGUUCACAGAUACAAAAACAGGUAUGUUACCAUGGGAAAAUCAGCAAUAAGAUAGGCUUUUUGGUUAAGCAGAACAAGAAAGCAAGGGGAACUGCAACUGUGUGCUUUUGUGACUUCUGAGAGACGGUUACUUUGAAUGAUGUUAUAUAUACCAUGUAGAGACUAGAGUGAGAUGAAUUAGCUGAUCAAUUCUUUUGUAGAUAUAUUUGAUAAUGAAAUCAGAAAGAA